UCUUUUUUCCUAGUAAAGUAGGGACUUAGGGAGUACUCCGUAUGGAGGAAGAACUGAAGAAGUACUCCGUAUCUUAUUUCUCUCUACCAUCACUGGACUGUAUACGAAGUUUAUUCACGGGAUAAUGGAUCGCAAUAACCUACUUUCACCACUCGUUCCUUCAUGGACAUCGGCUGCCAUGCUACUCUCCUUCUUCGUUUAUCUGGGGAUUGCUGGAUCUGUUCUUCCCGGAAAGCUCGUUCCUGGAGUCAUUUUGUCCGAUGGCACUCGCCUCAAGUAUCGUUGCAAUGGUUUGUUAUCACUUCUUCUGUUAGUUUUACUACUUGGAUUUGGAGCAGGGAUAAAUCUUGUACCGCCCACUGCAAUAGCAGACAAAGGGAUUGAAAUCUUGUCAAUGACAUUUAUAUUCAGUUUUUUGCACUCUAUGUUGUUGGAUUCAAGUGCAAAGGUUGCAGCUCAUCUAUGAAGCCUCAUGUAACAGGAAACAUUAUCAAUGACUGUGUGUGAUGUCCUCUUCACUCUCUCCCUUUUUCGGGAUGGCAGAGCACAAAUGCUGUAAAGUUCUUCAACUCUUUGCUCGCCAUUGUUGACUCACACUCUCCCCUCAUUGUGCUUCCUGCUAGAACUUUACUAGAGAUAUGUGGUCUUAGAAGUUAGAACAGUUAAUUAGCAAAUCUAUUGUUUACGAUGUGCUUGAGCCGUGGGUCUCUUGGAAUGAGCCUCUCUACUUUCGAGUAGAGGCAAGGAUACCUGAGUGAUUGCACCGACUCUAGUAUUAUCUUCAAUAAAGGAGAAAUCUUCUG